CUCUUUUCCAGAUACCAAACUUUCCACACCACGCUUCUGAUUUUCUGCAUUUUUACCUCCGCUCCAGAGAGUUCCCGGUCGUGAAACACCUCCGCACUUUUCACAAUCCAACGGUGGUUCUCGCUUAGUUAGUGCUCCAAGAAUCAAAUCACCACAAUCCGAUUAUUGAAGGAAGAUUCGUUCAAACUAUGUUAAUCACCAUUUGUCUGCUGGUGCGAGAUUAACGGAAGUCAAAGUGGGGCAGACGUGAAAAACGCACCGCGUGUGCCAAAAAACCAAUCAAGUGGUAAUGGAAAAUUAAUCCAACUGCAAUAAAGAACGAUUAUCAUGUGUUGAGUUGAUUGAAAUUAGAUAAUGGUGUGCGAAGAAAAUGACUUUGCUGUGCGGUUGCGAGUGUUUGCGGGUUUAAUUGCUACAACAAAUUGAUUAAAGCCAUGAAAGCUAUUGCAUAAUGUAUUCGUAAAUUUUUGCAUUGAGAGAGAAUAAGUGAGUUUGCAAGUUUUGUCAGUUGGUAAAUAAAAUAAUAAAAUAAUCUGAAAAAAUGGCAUCUUCAACAACGUUGAGUGCAGAUGUUGCAUCCAAACAGCAACAAUCUCCCAGGAAUACCGGCGGCCAAAGCAUCGUAAAUCCAACGGCUGUCAAACUUGGGAGCAUUGAUGUCCCCAAAGCCCUGCAGGAUGGCGAAAAGUUUCUCAAAUGGGAUGAGGAAACCUGUAACGGCAUUCCGGUCACGGUUCGAGUUGAUCCCAAAGGAUUCUACCUGUACUGGGUAGAUCAGAACCACGAGAUGGACCUGCUCGAUAUUGCCACAAUCCGGGACGUUCGAACGGGCCGAUACGCCAGGAAGCCUCGGGAUAUGAAACUGCGUCAGUUGGUGACCAUGGGCUCCCAGGAUACGCUGGAGGAGAAAACCGUCACCGUAUGCUACGGAGUCGAUUUUGUCAAUGUGAAUUUCAUCAACUUUUGCUGCACUCGGAAGGAAAUUGCAAAGCUCUGGUGCGAUGAACUGAUCCGGAUGGCCUACAACCUGACGCAGCUAAACGGACCGGCCAUCAUGUUUCUCCAGAAGGCGUACACCAAGCUGUGCCUGCAAGUCGACAAAAGUGGAAAGAUUCCGGUGAAAAACAUCAUCAAAACCUUUGCCACCAACAAGGACGAUCGGCGGCGCGUCGAGAAGGCCCUGGACGUGUCCGGACUGCCCUCCGGGAAGGUCGACUCCCUGGCGCUCUCCAAGUUCCAGUUCGAGGACUUUUUCAAUCUGUACAAAAACCUUACCCAAAGGUCGGAAGUGGAGAAGGUCUACGAUGAGCUCGUCGGAACUUCGAAGCGCCGAUUGAUGUCCACAACGCAGUUGGUCGAUUUCCUGAACAAAACCCAGCGUGAUCCAAGGCUUAAUGAAAUUCUUCAUCCGUACGCAAACACGGCCAGAGCACGGGACCUCAUCCAGGAGUAUGAACCCAACAAGUUCAACGCCCAAAAGGGACAGCUUAGUAUCGAUGGCUUUCUGAGGUAUCUGAUGUCCGAAGAUAACCCCAUCAUGGCAGUGAGCAAGCUGGACCUGUCCGAUGAUAUGGAACAACCGUUGUCACAUUACUUCAUAAACUCAUCCCACAACACCUACCUGACGGGUCAUCAACUGACGGGCAAGAGCUCGGUCGAAAUCUACCGGCAAAGUUUGCUGGCUGGAUGCAGAUGCGUCGAGUUGGAUUUCUGGAACGGGCGCACCGAGGAGCCGGUCAUCGUGCACGGCUACACCUUCGUGCCGGAAAUCAAUGCCAAAGAUGUACUAGAAGCAAUAGCUGAAACAGCAUUCAAAACAUCCGAAUUUCCUGUGAUACUUAGUUUCGAAAACCACUGUAACCCAAGGCAGCAGGCUAAAAUAGCAAACUACUGUCGUGAUAUUUUUGGAGAUAUGUUACUAGAUAGACCAUUAGAUUCUCAUCCGUUGGAGCCGGGAAUGCACCUGCCCUCUCCAGGAUCUCUGAAGCGGAAAAUUAUCAUUAAAAAUAAGAAAAAGCACCACCAUCACCAUCAUCACCACAAGAAGGGUGGCGGAGGAUCGGCCGCGGGUGGGGGAGGCACCGGAGCGACGGUGGGUCCCGGGGCAGCUGGCACUGGAGCAGGAGGAACGUCGGGCCCGGGCAGCAACAUUAGCAACACCGCAAACGCCAACAACAGUAAUGUCAGCAAUAACGUAAACGCAAACAGCACUUCCGCCACGGCAAUGGCCACGGCAGCGGCAUCGCUGUUCACGACCGGAACCGGUAAUAGUGUAGCGGCAGUAGCGGUCGCAGGUACGAAUCAUUCAUUCGAAGCUGGUGCAAGCUUACAACUGCAAUCACAAUCACAAAACCAAACCGUUGUACCAGAUGAAAACUCUGCCACAGGUAUCACACAAAUCACAAACAACAACAAUGUCAUCAACAAUGGCAACAGCCAAAACAACAGCAAUAACAACAAUGGCAGCUGCAACGUCGUAAUCACCACCACCACCAACAACAAUAUCAGCAACGCGAAUGCCGCCGACGACGAUUCAGCAACGCCAGUCAUCUCCACCACAACAGAAACCAUCAAUUCCAACAGCUCCACUGCCACCAAUUGUAGCAUCAGUGCAACAAAUGGCACAGCCAGUGCAACUCCAAACGUGACCGGAAAUGGCGACGUGAUGCACCAUGCACCUCCAUUACAGCAAAUUCGGCAGAGUUCAAAGGAAAGCACCGGUUCGUCCGAUACCGACAGUUCCAGUGAUGACGAAUCGAUGCCCGGGGCCCAGGUUGGCCCAAUCGGUUCCACCGAGGCGGACAAGGUGCAGCAAACCAAAGAGACUGAGGCGGGCGCGGAAAUCUCCGCCCUCGUCAACUACGUGCAGCCGGUUCACUUCAACAGCUUCGAAGCUUCGGAAAAGAAGGCUCGUUACUACGAGAUGUCCUCGUUCGACGAGAAACAGGCAACCACGUUGCUGAAGGAACGGCCCAUCGAGUUCGUCAACUACAACAAACAUCAGCUGUCACGCGUUUACCCGGCCGGGACACGAUUCGACAGCUCCAACUUUAUGCCACAGCUGUUCUGGAACGCCGGCUGUCAGCUGGUGGCGCUCAACUACCAGACCCUCGAUCUCGCAAUGCAGCUAAAUUUGGGUCUGUUCGAGUAUAACCAUCGGUGUGGUUACAUCCUGAAGCCGGAGUUUAUGCGCCGUACGGAUAGGCGGCUUGAUCCUUUUGCCGAAAGCACGGUCGAUGGAAUCAUAGCUGGAACUGUGAUCGUAACCGUGUUGUCUGGCCAGUUUCUAACGGAUAAAAAAGUUGGCACAUACGUUGAGGUGGACAUGUUUGGCCUCCCAGCUGACACCGUGAGGAAAAAAUUCCGAACAAAAAUUGUUCGGGAUAAUGGCAUCAAUCCGAUCUACGGCGAGGACCCGUUUGUGUUCAAGAAGGUAGUCCUUCCGGAACUGGCCAGUAUUAGAAUAUCAGCUUACGAAGAGGGUGGAAAACCGAUUGGACAUCGUGUUCUACCGGUCAUUGGACUUUGCCCUGGCUUUCGACAUCUUACGCUGAGAACGGAAGUUGGUCAACCAAUUCCUCUGGCAACGUUGUUUUUGUCCAUCGUUGUCAAAGAUUACGUACCGGAUGGUCUCUCUGAACUAGCCGAGGCUCUAGCGAAUCCAAUCAAAUAUCAGAGCGAGCUUGAGAAACGUUCGGAACAAUUAGCAGUUUUACAGGAAGAUAUGGAACCGGAUGAGGACGAAUCAUUUGUAAUCGUUUCUGUAGGUACAAGGAAGGACACUCUGAAGGCUAGUGAUAACGUAACGAGUAGUCCGAAGCAUCGAGUCAGUGCCAUGGCUGCCGCAUCUGCAUCGGUCGAUAGCGAUCAUGACGUGCGGGAAACUCCUCUGGAAGCAAUUUCGAAAGUGGUAGCCCUACCGGUAGCUCAAUCAUCAAUCGACCAAACUAGUCCUCUGCUCGUCAAACAGGCAACAAUUCCUCAGCAAUCUCAUCCACCACAGCAGGAAAAAUCGCACUCGACCGAGCAGACCGAAAUUAAGAAGAUUAUAGCUGACCCGCUGGAGAAGAUAUUUGAAGACAAACAGGUGCGGAAAAAGAGGGAAGCACUGGAGAAGGAACUGAAGACCCUCAAAAAGAACCACGACAAAGAGAAGAUCAAGGUAACGGCCCAUAAAAGUGGGGACCUGAGCGAUGGCAUUAAAAAGAGUAAAUUUGGAAUGGGUAACAAGCUGGUGAAACGGUUUAGCAGCAAAAAUAUGGCUGAUAUGAACCUGCGGAUACCGCCUUGUGCUGUCGAUGGCGAUUCGAGCGAUAACAGUGCCCAGGCAGAACGACUAAAGCAACUUUGCAGAGAUCAUGCGAGCAGCUAUCGAGAGGUGCUGGAAAAGUAUCACGAAAUCAUCUACAACCUGGCGGAAGAUUUGCUUCGACAAUCACAGGAGGCUCAGAUGAAGCAGAUGAAGGUGCAAUUGGAACGAGAAACAAGUGAGGUGAUGCGGCAGCUACAGCUAUCUAGGAAGAACGAGGUGAAGCAGCUAGCACAAGUACACAAAGAUAAGGAUGAGUUGGAAAGAAUGAAACGCGAGGUCGAUUCAACGCUGGUAGAGAAGGGAGUGGCCGAACGGGUGCGCUUAACUGCCACAUUCGAACGAAAACGGGACGAUCUCCAGCGGCAGCACGAUCAGGUGAAGCACGGUCUAGAAGAACACCGAGCUAAGGCGAAAGCAAUGCUCGAGAAGGAAGCCGAAUCGCACGCCUGCAUUUCGGACACAUUCCUGGCACAUCUCAACACCAGUACCAGCACCACCAGUUGUUCCUCGGUGGGCGGCAGUGGUUCCGUGCCUCAGACGUCCGUCUCCAGUGGGGAUCUGUGCGGCCAGAGUGCAUCCGGCCCGACGGGUAGCGCCAUCACCAAAUCGAAUUCCUCCUCGAAUGCUGGGCCACCGCACGAAAACAACGUUAACAAUACUCACGUGUAGGCGAAGUGAUGCAAUCAAACACACAUUCUAAGCUAGUCAUUUUCAUUCGAAUUGAUUUCAUAGAGGGCGAGACUUAAUACGAGCUUUCUACCUUUUCGGUGUACUGGGACGCUGGGAGGAGUUCGCCAAAAGUGUACAGGAUACUACUCCUAGACGAUUAGUUACACAAUCUAUAUUUACAAUUUUUAUCGAUGACUGAAAUCUGAACACUUUGUGGCAACUGUUGAGCCGCGCUAAAACUGUUGAUUAUAUUUGUAUUCUUAGUUUGCAUUCCGGAAACGACGCGCCUUCCGGGUGGUGGUUGUACAAACUCGAAAUUUCGAUUCGGUUUUCUGUGAGAAAACUUUGCUGGCCUAACUAGAAUUAUUUUUAUCUAUCAACUGUUGGACAUUCGAACGCUUUAAUCAUAUUAAACAUACGUACACAUAUAUGUUAGCAGAGUAGGAACGUUUGUUACUUCUCCCUUUCCUUAGACCCUCGAAUUUGCAUUUGUUUUGAAUAGUUUGUGGAACAACAAGGGCGUCGAUCGUCCGGAAAGAAUUUCAGUUGUUCUCGAGGAACACGCUAAGCUAUUUACCUACUAUAUACUUUGUGCUCUGAAAACAUAAAAAAUAAAACAUGGAACUCGUUGACGGGUAAACUCGAUGUUAUUUGGUAGUGUUUUGGAAAAAAAAAUGAAACCGUGGCACAAAUUGCUAUUUGUGUACCACACUAAAGAGUUAAGCAACAGCAUAAUUGGUAGUUGAAAGCAUUACGAGUGAAGAAUCUUAACCUAUCGUGUUGAUGGGAUUUGCAUCCGUUGAAAAUUCGUACGAAAUGAAUAUCACCAGGAUUUAAAAGUUCAGAAUUAAACUUGAGAAUAAGAUUGAAACUAUAGUAACUUUAAAAUAUAUGUAAUGUUUUUCAAAAUGCGAAACCGUUUUUCUGGACUGGAUCUAUCACUAGUUGAAACGUUGCCGGAGCGUUCUCAAGACCAAAAGGUAUUCUAAACAAUUCUUACUUGUCCCCAUUCCCCCCAUUGUCCCCAUUCAAAGCAGUUUUACGGGUGAAAUCAGAAUUUUAUCAACGACUGACAUUCGGCUUUUUUUAACAUCAUCCUCAAAAGUCUGUUUGAUAGGUUCAAGUCUAGCGGUUUAUGCGACAAAUAAAAAAGUUCACAGUGUGUUCUUGUUCACGGUUCCUCAACAAAUACAACCGCAUUUUUGCUGGACACUUAAUGUAAAGCAUGCUUGAGUUGUGAGAACCACUUAAUCGAAAGAUGCUCGAAUUCUUAUCCUUUCAUAGUCAUCAUGUGACUACUGCAAACCAUGUCCAAAACUUUCUGAACGUUUCCUCUAUAAUAGUGUCCAUCUAUCUUGGAACUUUGCUGGCGUGUUUUUGGGACCAAACGGCACUCGUGAAAGUUUUCAUUUUUUAUCUUCCUGUCUGAUAGAUACCCUUAAAAUAUUUAUUGAUUCUCUUGCUAGAUGCUGUACUGGAAAGCAUUGAGCCUUUUUUUAUGUAUUUCAGUAUCCCAAGAAUUGCAUGAAUAUGAGAGUAUUCUGUAGAAACUUUCUUGCUUUAACUUUGCCUAGUCAGCAUCUUACAAAAACUGACUAACUGUUUAUGUAUGAUCCAAAAAAGUGAAUUUUGAAGAGGUUUUGACCUCCUUUUUUAAAUUUUGUUAUUUCCAGUCAGCUUUUGUCGAAAUUUCAAACAAAACUAAAAUUUUAGAAUCAGAAUUCAAAUAUUCAUUAAACAAAUUCAACUGCAAAAGUCAGAUUCAUGUAACCAUGGGAUAAAUUUUCGAUCGAUGCAAAUCUCAUAACCGAACGGAAAAAACAUGUCUCAGAAUAGAAAGCAACGUAGAGUUAAAUGAUUACUUUUAGCAAAAACCAUAAAACAUCAAAAUAUUAACUAGUUAUAUUUAAUGUUGAAGUGUUUGUUCUAGUUAAAGAAAAAGCAGAAAACAUUGUAAACAAAUAAACAGAAACGCAAAAUAAGCAUGUAUUAACACAAAACAAAAAGAUAUUUCUCUUGUUAAGAAACAAAAAAAGUAAAACAAUCGUUAACUUACAAAAAAGGGAUAUUGAACAGAAAAAAUCUUAAUACCAAACCAAAACGCAACGCACUAUUUGAAUUGAAUGUUUGACUCUUUCGCGAACCCUUCGUGCGGCUCUCGGCCGGUUCAAAGACUCGAAAGGGAGGAUCCUUCCGGAUUCCCCCACUCAAGCUUGACCGGAUGCCCCAGGGAACGUCCUCUUACGGAGAAAACCUAUGAUGUAAACACAGAUAACACUUAAAAGCAAAUCGAUGGCCCGGCAAUGACCUGGCCGGCACCAUCGCUGAAUGUCUCUUGGAAUUUCCCACCUUUUGAAUGUGUGCGUGUGAACGUUCUCGUAACCUUUAGACUAGAUAACAGAAAACAACAACAAAAUGUGUGUGUUAGCGAGAGGAUUUUGUAGCUGAAUUCGGACGGGUUUUCUCUAACUCUGAAAAGUAUCAGACAGUCGGGAAGGUUGGAAUAGAAUUGAUGAUGGUAGCGAACGUAUAUUAAACGUGCUGGUAGAGAAAAUUUGAAAAAAUGAGAAAUCAUACGACGUUCUCGUACCGCAAGCAAUGGUGAUACUUAAAAACUAGCAAACAAAAUUACAAGGAUUGAAUCAAUAGAGGAAACUAACGUGGAAUCUCUGGUGUUUUAGAAUACUACAUUGAAUAUUCAUCAAUUUUCGACGGUAAAAUUAGCUUUAAAGUUAAACAUAUUUUCUAAGAAAUAAUUUAUGUUUUAUAUGAUUUUAGUUUGAAUAUAAAGAUUGACAAUCAAUAAAUGCUAAGUGAUUUUAAUUUUUGUUUUCUUAUUAUAUUUUCAUUAGUUUUAAAUUAUUUCCUUUGAUUCAUCUGGACAAAAACUUGAUAGUGAAGAUUGGAACUGGAAUUGACCCUUUUUGAAAAAAACUCAAGUACUGAAAGUUUCCAUAAGCAAUUGCUGAAGUCCGGAUAUAUUUUUUCCAUACCAAUAUAAAACUUAAAAAUCUUAUUCUGAUUUUGUUCCUAAUUUUUCAAUAUAGAGUUCUUACAGAAUUAUUGAAUUCAAUUUUUGAAAAAAAAAAACUUAAAACAAGAAAAUGUCUACCAUCUGAAAAAUCCUUUUUUGUCAAUUUCCUUAUCUUUUUACGGAACUCAACUGGAUGAUGAAAACUUUCAGCAUUUUGUUUGAAUGUAAUCUCCAAUAAAACAAAUCUAUCACUGAAAGAAAUCAUUACUUUUAUUUCUCUUUCUGUUAGUAGAGACUAUAAACCAAAAGUUUUCAAAUCAAUUUACUUUAUUUCUUACUCAAGUUGGCAUUCUAACGAAUACAAAGUAAAUCUUGAAACGCUGUGAAACCUAUAGAAUGUUAAAGUUCGACUACUUGCAUCCUUCCAAUAGUUUGGACGAGUUGAAUGAUAUCGAGCAAAAAAAAAACAACCUUUUCUAUCUCUAUGUGCCUUGUGUAUAAAACAGAAUUAACAUCUUUACUUUAAAAACACAACAGUGAAUCAUCAAAACCUACAUCCAAUAAGCAAAUCGAUCACCAAUCCAUAUACACUUGAAACAUUUGUACUAGGCUAAGUGAAAAACAAAAAAAAAACAGAAAACUGAAAAUUGAUAACACCAUUCCAAUUAUAACGUGGUAAGCUAUAGGUAAACUUUAAUCGAUGUUACAGUAAAUUAUCAUUAAACGAUUUCAAGUGUAAGUGGAAUUAAAGAAUAGAUCAACUCGAACUUCAUCUUCCGCAAAAUCUCAACCCUCACCGAUCGUCGUCACCAUCCACCGAAAUGUAUUUGAUCCAUCUUAUGGACGAACUGAUCCCUAAUCAUCUCAGAAACAAAUAAGCGUAUCUAAAAACAAAAAAAGAAGCUACACCAUCUCCAUACUCACCCAACGGAAACUGAUAUUUACAACAUGCAUUCUCGCGGCAUUCUACACCUUUGGGUUUCAUCACAAGGCAGCAGUAUUGACUUUUGAGACAAAUCUUUUACUUUAUAUCAUAUUGUGGCUACAGAAGGAAAGCCGAGAAAACCAGUAGAAAAAAAAAACAAAACAAAGUUGUAACCCGAAACAAAACUGUACAUUUCAAACUAAUAAAGAAAAACAGUAUCUAAUUGUGACUAACAAAUAAUGAAGAUAACAAACAAAAAAAACCCAACUAAUCAGUAUUAUUACACAUUAGCCGAUCAAGUUGGUAAAGUACUUUAGACGAUAGAAAACGUGUUAAUGGGAGAAGAAUACACACCCGUAUAACUCCCCCCGGAACUCCUUCUGAGUCAAAGGUUUGAAGCUAAAUGGCAGUAGUUGUAGAUUUGUAACAUAUUGGAAACACCGAAACGAGAAAUGGCGAGACAAGUUGGGAAUGGCAAAAGCCGAUUUGAAAACCUUUGAAUCUUCUAUUUAGUAAUCUUAUUUAGGUGUUGACUAGUGUUAUGCAGAGAAAAAAAAACUUGGAAACAGUAAACAAAAAAAAAAGGAAUCAGUAUUGUCAGUGGCAGUGACACGUGUGAAUCUAUUUCUUGGCUCUAUCUUUGACAACCAAUACACCAGAAAUUUGUGACAGAAGAAGUACGGUUUGAACGAUUUAAAAGAAAAAAAAGUAAAAACAAAUCAGAGGACAAAAGAAUCAUAACUUUCGAAAAACAUAUUUAUUGUUGAAUCAAAGCAAUCGAAAGAUUCCUUUUAAUUCAACCACGGUAAAUGAAAAGUUCAUAUACCAGUAUUUCGAUAGCAACUUACUACCUUCUUCAGUGAACGUUUUCGA